AUGUUUUCUCGCAUUCGACUCAUCCAACAGAAAAUCUUAAUUGAAGGAUUACAACUCAGUCAGAACGACCAAUGGGCUAACCAGUGCCCACGCUGUUUUGGCCCAAACCAACACGAAGUCAAAUCCCACCCCAAAGAACCUGACAUAAUAAUUGCACUCGAUGGCAACUUCCAGCAGCGCCACUAUGCUUAUGCUAGCAAAGAUAACCCACCAGAAUCCCAUUAUCCUCGUAGCUUUGUCAAGCCAUCAAAAAUCACUAAUGUUGCUGAUACACUCACAGCCACAGAUGCUUCAGCAGUUGGUAUCGAUCCUCCAUGUGCCGACGUCCACAAGGCUGCAAAUGAUGCUCGGGGGGAAACAACUUGGGAGAAGUGUGAUGACAACGGACUGUUUGCAAGUGCUUGUCGCCAUGACAUUCCUCUGAUGUUUGCCAACAUCUACAAGACUGGAGAAAAAUUAUACUACCCUAUAGCGCUUGUAAGGAAUCUAUUGGCUGACUUCCCUCAACACAAGGUAGGAAUACUUUAUGACAUUGGCUGUCACCUUGAAAGACAUGUGAGACGUAUGGAGAGUGUCUUGAGAGGCUCUGGGCUUUCCUAUCACCACUAA